GCAGCUUCUCUCGUCGGUUACAACCGCUGGCUUCGUGCUUCGAAUCAGACUCUCUGCCCUUCAUCUCGAUCGGUCUUCGACGUUAGCGAUGACUUCUGGGUCUAAUAUUUUUGACGUUACUUCUUUUAUCAAAGACCUGCUAGCUGGAGGCAUUGCCGCUGCGAUUUCCAAAACCGCGGUGGCGCCGAUCGAACGGGUAAAGUUACUACUGCAGGUACAGGCAUCAAGCAAACAGAUCGCCGUCGAGAAACAGUACAAAGGCAUUUCUGACUGCGUCGUCCGGAUACCUAAGGAGCAGGGAUUUCUGAGUUUUUGGCGUGGCAACUUGGCAAAUGUGAUUCGAUAUUUCCCAACUCAGGCUCUGAAUUUUGCCUUCAAGGAUAAAUACAAGCAAUUAUUUAUGGGAGGAAUUGACAAAGAAAAACAGUUUGGAAAAUGGUUCUUAGCAAACUUAGCAUCUGGAGGAGCUGCGGGUGCUACAUCCCUCUGUUUUGUAUAUCCACUGGAUUUUGCACGAACACGUUUGGCAGCUGACAUUGGCAAAGGUCCUCAGGAAAGGCAAUUUACAGGUCUUGCUGACUGCAUCAUGAAAAUUGCAAAGCGAGAUGGGCCUCGAGGUCUUUAUCAAGGAUUUGCUGUUUCAGUGAAUGGUAUCAUUGUAUAUCGAGCUUCCUACUUCGGAUGCUAUGACACAAUCAAGGGUGUGUUACCAAACCAAAAGAAUACUCCUGUGUUUGUGUCAUUUUUGAUUGCUCAGGCUGUCACCUCAUUUUCUGGGGUAUUGUCUUAUCCUUUUGACACUGUGAGAAGACGCUUGAUGAUGCAGAGUGGCGAAUCAGAUAGACAGUACACUGGAACACUGGAUUGCUUCCGUAAGAUUUAUAAACAUGAGGGAUUUGGUGCUUUCUUCCGAGGAGCCUUUUCAAAUAUCCUGCGUGGAACUGGUGGUGCUUUAGUUCUUGUAUUCUAUGAUGAAAUUAAGAAAUUGUUAGUUAUUUUGGAAAGCAAAGCUCGUUAAGAAAAUACAUUUUGCAGUUCAAUGUCUGUAAAGCAUUAUCCAUGCUACUGAAUGGAUUCUUGAGUAACACGGAGAAAACAAAAUUAAAAUUUUCAUUUUCUUUUAGUCGUACUUAGUUAUACACUUAAGUGCAGGAUCUUUAACUAGAACUUCCAUGGUGAAUUUUCAGAGGUAGUCUUUCCCAAAUUCGUUUAAAUAGAUGACAUUGUAGGUAAAAAAAUAAAAUAAAUUCAGGAAACAGCACCAUUGAAAAAUAUUGAUUUGACUACUACACCAUUCUAAGUAGAGAAUGGCAAGAUUCAUUACACCCACGAAGAGAUUAAAUAUGCUAUAUGUCUCUCUAAAUUGUCUUCCUAAACAUUUAACAGCCAAUGUCAAUUUUUUUCUAUACUUACAGAACACUUAACAGAGAUAUACUAUAUUUAAUAAAGCUUCUGCCAGGCUGCAGUAGAAUUUUCUUAGAAAUGAAGCUGUAGCUGCUUCUUAUCCUCUGAUGCACGGAAGUAGUUUGGAAUAUGCAUCUUUUAACAGUUUUAUAUGUGAGGAAUAUCAGCAGAGUGUUUAAGUGGGUUCCAGUAUUAGAAAAGUACAAAGAAGAGAUUUUUCCAGAAAAAUGUCCUCUAAACUGAAUACACCAAGUUAGCGACAUUGUUUUAUAUUAUUUUGGUUAUACAAGUCAAACUUAAUGCAGUCCAAAAAUGCUUUGUUCUAUUGGAAUAAUGAAAAUAGAGUAGUAAAAUACUUUAUUUAACUUAUUGCAAAAAUUGCAUUUUGUGUUGUCAAGACAAAAAUCUUGUAGAUAACUGAUCAUUUAAUACUGUAAUAAAACAAAUACUGUACAUACUGAAAUGUUUAUUAUAGAGUAUUCUGGUAUGUCAUGUCAUCAUCAAAAAUCUGAACAAAUAAAAUAUCUAA